ACAGUACACUUCACAGGUCGACGAGAUUCAUUAAAAGAGCCGCUUCUUUCUAAGUUCGGAGAGAAGAAAAACAAGAAGGUAGACGAAGAAGACUAGGGAGGAGAGAAGACGAAGAUGGUGAGAGUUGCAACAUACUUCGCGAUGACAUUGGGUGCCUUCAUAUUCUGGCAAUCAAUGGAUAAAGUCCACGUAUGGAUUGCUCUCCAUCAGGACGAGAAGAAAGAAAGAUUGGAAAGAGAAAUGGAGGUCAAGAGGGUCAGGGAAGAACUACUGCGACAACAAGCACAGCAAAAAGAUUCACUUGCAUAGUCUUCUCAUUUUGUUUUUGGAAGCUAUGUAUGAACUUCCUAUUUUGUAAUGUUGUUUUCCCAUAGUUAUUCUAUCUGAUGCAAGUAGAACUCAUAAAACACAACUGUAUGGUUUGAUUGAAUUUGGAAAAUAAUUUGCUCUUUGUUAUAUACUGUUUUACACCCAUCAUGAUUAUUGGGAUUUGAAGCAUUGUGAAGUUGGUUCUUUCUAUUGGUAAAUUCAUGCUCUGUGGGUUGAUA